AUGUCUCCGUUCCAAGUGUUUUUUCUGCUCGGAUUGGCCACGUCAGCCUACGCGGCUGGUUUCAGUUGCAAGGAUUUGGUGGGUUAUGAUCUUUUUUUGAAGGUUCGAGAAAAUAGUAUAGAGUGUAAACUCUUGAGUAAGUGAUUAAAAUUACAAAGAAAAACCAAUUUAUGUUGAAAAUUAGAAAAUUCAUGAUAAACGGAUCAAAAACUUAUUGUAAAGACUCGAUUAAAAUUUUUCUGGCCACAUUUGGGAUGGCUUAACGGGUGUAGUUGUUGUUGUGGUUUCCAUCUUGGAAUCAGCGCGCAAGUCGUUUUAAAGUCGGUCGCCCUUUUUAGCAAUAUCUGAUGGGUCGAAUAGGCUUUUACUUCUCCCUUUCAAUGUCUUCUCUUUUGAGAAUUGACACGUUCGGAAAUAUUGUCUAAAGGCCUUGAAUAAAAUAUCCUAAUACCAAAGACUAUUUUUAAAAAGUAUCAUUUUUCAAGCCCUCCCCGGUGGCUGGCGUCCACGAAGGCGUCAAGGCGUUUCCCGUCGAGCUGCAGAGAAGAUUCCAAAUCGGCGAUUAUAUCGUUAUCCAUGCUAAACUCGGUCCAAUUUCCAAGCCUAAUAAGUCGGGGACUUUUUAAGUUUUCAUGAGAACUUGAAAAUGACAGGAGAUUCUGGCUGGACCUGUUCCCAGGGACAUCUCCGGUUUACUCCAGGACGCCGAGUAUGUUGCAUUUGAACGCUCAGUUCGACAGGAACAAGCUCUACAUCGCCAAGUUCAAUGUGAGUUGGAUCCUGCUGCCGAAGGGCCUACCCGGGGUAACCCCGCGACCCGAUUCGAUAAUUCAAAAAUGAGUAAAAAAGGUUUAACAUUGUGAAAAAUUCUGGUGUUAGAUCAUAGGAACGCCAUAGUAGUCCCUUCAGGGGUCAGGGAAAUGAACAGCCCCUACAGAGUGGUCCAAAAGUAUUGUCGCAAAGUUUGCGCCAGGAUGGUGCUUAUUGGCGCAAUUCCGUCAUUGUUUGAAUAUUUUAUUUGUUCCUCAUGUCUUUUUCUAUAUUAUUUUCAAGUUCAGUUAUGAUCCAUUCGUUAUGAAAAUUUCCAUUAUCACAAGGUCUCUAAAAAGUUCCCUUUUAACUAAUUUUUCAAGGGAACCCAUCAUCUUCCCUACAAAACGAUCCGCAUCCCAUUCUCUGACGAUCCGUUCGUCUUAUCCAUCAGGUCGGUUGGAUAUAAUUCAAAUUUUACAUUCAACUCAAGAGCCACGAAACGAGGAUACUUGGUGCAAAAAGACGGAGUGAAACUGUUCGAGAUUCCUUGCCGGAAAAAUGCCUGCCGACGGGUUCAGACCGUCUAUCUGCAGAACUUGGACUUGGCCGUCGGCGGUGGAUCGUCUGUUUUUUUUGAUUCGUAUUUUUCAAUCUUGGAAUGGUUUUUCAGGUCUGUGCUCUGAAAAAUAUCUUAAAACAGUCCUUAAAGUACAUUAACCAAGUUGUAAGUUCCAAAAUCUUCUGUCUAAAAGUUUAAAGGAGCAUGGAGAAAUAAAAUAAAGGUCCUAAGAAGAAGAGCCAUUUAGGUUUUUCAAGACUUUUGUGUCUUUUUUCAACCAUAUUUUUCAACAGUCUAAACAAAAAUUACUAACUUCUCCUGAAAAAAUAAUUUCAGAGGCUGCGGAGCAACGUUGGAAUGUACACGUGGAGGCAAAAAAGAUCAUCUCCAAACGGUUCUUGAAAGCGGAGUGGUCAAGUCAUUGAGUGCGUUCUAUUUCUUUCUUCUUAGUGAUGCUCACUUAAGAACGCUAGAGUGGUCACUAGAGGAGUUUGGGGAAAACAGCCCCUGAAGGGGCAAAAAGUUCUGGGAAGGGGGAAGUUGAGAGUUCCGUUUCGGGAUUUAGAGUCUGGCCCUUGAGUUCUUGAAGCUUGAGUGGUUCCUAUAAGGGUUCAUCAAUUUUUUAAAUCUGAUUUGAUAGUCGGAAAGGUGUUGUUGUUGAUUAUUUCUCUGUUGAUAUGCUUUUAUUUAAAAACGCUAAUUUAUUAAAUUAUCCGAUGAAGGAACGUGAUUCUCUAAAGUAGUCCCUUUUGCAAGCUUUAGCCCCCCCUAACAGGUUGCCCCUCUAGGAACCACUCUGGCGUUCCUGAAAUAAAAAAAUAAUGUUAAAUUAAUUCAUUCAGAUGGCAUUUGCAAGUGA